CGCCCCCGCGGCGGCGGAAGCGGGAGGCGGCGCCGGGCCGGGGCUCGGAGCGGGGCCGGGAUGGUGCUGGAGGAGCUGCGGCCGCGGGUGGUGCGCUGGGCGCUGCUGGCCGCCUUCGCCGCCGGGGUGGCGGUGGGCUGGCAGGCGGGCCGGGCGCGCCGCCGCUUCCUGCGCUGGCGGCAGCGAUACCUCCAGCGCCGCCUCGCCGCCGCGCAGGAGAAGCUGGAAGCGGCCUGAGCGCCGGCAUGGCCUGGCAGCGGGCUCCGGGCGGCUCCUCCGGUGGAUUCGGCUCAUCCGGAGCUCCGGUGGGCGCUGCCUGAGCGGCUGGGAACGGGUGAAGCGCUGCUGGGGAAGGACAGCAUCCCUGGGAUGGCAGGGUUGCCGGCUGGACAGCAUCCGUGGAAUAGCGGGAAGGACAUUAUCCUUGGAAUAGCAGUGCUGCCAGAGAGGACAGCAUCCGUAGAAUAGCAGGACUUCUCUUCCUCCCUUCGCAAAGCAAGAUCCCAAACUGUGUCAGACUGACCCAAGAAAGAACUGAGGGUAUGCAAGCAGCGUUCCCAAGCCUGGAAUGGACUGCUCAGGGAGGUUUGGAGUCCCCGACCCCGGAGGUGUCCAAGGAGCAACUGGCCGUGGCGCUCAGUGCUCUGGGCUGGGUGACAAGGUGGGGAUCGGUCACGGGUUGCACUCGAUGAUCUCGGAGGUCUUUUCUAAGCUCAGCGAUUCCAUGAUUCUCGGAUUUCCAUAUCUCAAAAGGUUGUCUGCACUUGUCCAGCUCUAAGCCCGCUGCUCUGCCCUUGCCAGGAAGCGCUGCCAACACAAUAAACUAGCAAAAGUCA